AUGGGCAAAGGAGAUCCUAAGAAGCCGAGAGGCAAAAUGUCAUCACGUGCGUUCUUUGUGCAAACUCGCCGGGAGGAGCAUAAGAAGCUGCACCCAGAUGCUUCAGUCGCCUUCUCAGAGUUUUCUAAGAAGUGCCCAGAGAGGUGGAAGACCAUGUCUGCUAAAGAGAAAGGAAAAUUUGAAGAUGUGGCAAAGGCGGACAAGGCCCGUUAUGAAAGAGAAACGAAAACCUAUAUCCCUCCUAAAGGGGACACAAAAAAGAAGUUCAAGGAUCCCAAUGCACCCAAGAGGCCUGGGUCAGCCUGCUUGUUCUGUUCUGAGUCUCGCCCAAAAAUCAAAGGAGAACAUCCUGGCCUGUCCAUUGGUGACGUUGCAAAGAAACUGGGAGAGAUGUGGAAUCACACUGUGGCAGGUGACAAGCAGCCUUAUGAAAAGAAAGUUGCUAAGCUGAAGGAAAAGUACGAAAAGGAUAUUGCUGCCUACUGA